GCCUUUUUGGACAACAGCGAUGAAAUUACACAGUGUACUUCGGCCUGGAUCCACGAUCACACGACCCCAUCAACCAUAUCCGUUUUUGUGGAUAACCCACGAUUCUUUUGCCCAUAUAAUCCUUCUUCUUAAUUUCUCCCCCACUUUCCCUCUCAUCAGACAUGGCGAAACGAACUGCCUCAGUUCCGAAAAAGAACACCACAACAAGCAAACCCCCCUCUGCCCUCCCUCCAUAUUUCGAGAUGAUAACUGAAGCAAUAACAACACUGAAGGACAGGAAAGGAUCGAGCCAACCUGCGAUUGCAAGGUUCAUUGAGGAAAAGUACAAGAAGUCUUCUCUGCCUUCAAGCUUUAAGAAAGUUCUGUCUGUCCAGUUGAAGAAGUUUGUGACAUCUGAAAGGCUUGUAAAAUGCAAGAAUUCAUACAAGAUCUCUUCAACCGAGAAGCUGGAGCUGGAUAUCAAAGGGACCCAGAAAAACAAGGGUGCUUCCAAGAGGGCCUUGGCCACCUCGGAAAAGAAGGCUGCCAAGAAGAUAUCAGAGAAAGGUGUCCAGACCAAGAGGCUUAGUCAGGUUAAGACACCUGAUGUUCUCAAGAAGGGUAAAAAGGAAGUGAAGGCUGGAAAAAUGAAGAGAUUGAGCCAGGUGAAGACACCAGAUGGGUUCAAGAAGCUGAAGAAUUCGACGCCUAUGAAGAGGAAAGAUUUGAAGGCUGGAAGUUCUUCCAAUUCAAGGGCCCAUAAGAAGUAAUGCACAUCGGUGGUGGAUCUUAGUUACCAGUGGUGAUUAGAGGAAAAUCCCAGUAUUUGAUUUGUAGUAAUUAUUAGGAGAAGGAAAUGUUAAGUCAAUUACUAUUAUUGUUAUGAUUACUGAUUAGUAAUAUUAUCAUGUUUGCUUUUUUAUAUAUAUCAUAGUUUCUGCUGCC